GUGAUUUUUUGUGGCAAUAAUUAUAUUGAUAAUGGAAUAAUAAUUAAUAUAUUUGAAAAAAUUUGCAAUUAUAUAUAAAUUAUGUACAAAAUUCCAAAAAAUAAAAAUAAGAUUUUGAAUUAUUUACUAUAAUAUUUCACUUUAUUCAGGUUUUUUUGCCUCUACUAGAUAUUUUAUGUCAGCGAAAAAGAGUAGUCCCCGCAAAUGUUAAUUUGGUUGUAGGAUUUGGGAUGAUAGGGUACAAUGAACUCAGGUAGAAGUUCGGCUUUGGGGGAUCGUGACUUAACAGCAAACAGAAAUCUUGAAUAAGGAUUGACCAGUUCUUUAUUCCUCUCCUUUGCUUUUUGGAGGAUAGAGAAGUGGGGGCUAACGUUCCGGAGAGUAUAAUUCUGCUCUCAGUUUAAAAGUGAGUGAAUGCGGUCUAAGAGGAUUACUCGUGUAAAUAUUUUCUAUGAAAAGGAUCAUUUUCAAGUUUAAAGUUAAGAAUUCAAAUUUUCAUGGAAAUGGAAAACUAUUGCAAAACUUUAAAACAAUUAUUUAUUAUUAGUAGUAUUGGAAUUAUUUUUUCUACUUUUCUGACGAAUACUUCAGCCGCUGUUAUCAGCGAUAUACAAAAUCAUGAAGUUACGGAGAAAUAUACAAGCAGUGAAGUUGGUGACAAAGAUUAUUUAGAAGCUGGUAAAUGAAAUAGUAAUUUGAGAUGACGUAGCGAAUGAGUUAAAAUUUAAUAUUACCUUAUCAAAAAAAUCUAUGUGGGAUUAUUUGGGAAUCCAUAGAAAGAAAUAUAUAUAGGAAAGAAUGGAUUUACAUAGGAAUCCACGUAGGAAAGUUUGGAUACCUAGAUUACUAAAUACGAAACCCAUAUGAGAAACUAUGGAUUCCUGGAUUUCCAUAUAGGAAUUCCACAUAGGAAACUUUGGAUAUCUGAAUCCCUAUAUCAGAAAUACAUGUAGGAAUUUGAAUUAUUGAAUUCUUUUUGGGGAAAUCUAUAUAGGAAACUAUGGUUUCCUGGAUUUCCAUGUACGGCAUUCAAAUAGGAAACUGUGGGCACUUGGGUUCCCAUAUAGAAAAUGCAAAUAGAAAACUAUGGGUAUCUGAAUUCCUAUACAAGAAAUACUUAUAGAAACUUGAAUAUCUAGGGAGUCUAAGUACCUGAAUUUCUAUGCAAAAAAAUUUAUAUAGAAUCCAGGGUAUCUGAAUUUUUGUAUAGAAAAAAAUACAUGGAUUAUUUUAAGUACCAUAGAUUUCUAUAUAGAAAGACCAUUACAUUAUGUCGGAAAUAGUCGGUACCUGAAUUUCGUGCAAAAUAUUCCCAAAGGGAACCACGUAAGAAUCUAUAUAGAAAUCUAUGAUUCUAGUGGGGGUACCAUAUGAGAAUCCACCCGAAAACGCCAUGUGAAAAUCUACAUGAAAUUCUAAGGUGGAUUCCCAUUGGAUUUUUUUUUUUGACAGGGUACUUCAUAUUUUAUAGUCGAACGAGUUAAAAAUAAUUUAGACACAAGAGUAAAUCCUUGUGAAAAUUUUUACCAAUUUGCUUGUGGUAAAUCUAAACCUUUAAAUCUCUCUGAAAAAAAAGAAGUGGAAGAACAUUCAGUUAGCAAACGUGUACAAGAUUUAAUCCAAAAAGGAACUGGUUUUGUAGACUUUAAACCUUUCAAACUUAUCGAUGACCUUUACAAAACAUGCAUGAGUAACGAAGCUACUGGUCAGCAAGCUCUAGACCUUCUGCGUGAUAUUAUUAAAAAAUUAGGCAACUGGCCUCUUUUGGAAGGAAACAAUUGGAAGGAAUCAGAUUUUGACUGGAUUGACUUUACUAUUGAGACUAAAAAUAUUGGAUUAAAUUUCAAUAACUUUUUAGAUUUUGAAACUUUGCUUUAUCCGGAAAAAGAUAAAUUAUUAUUGAAGUAUCAAAUUCUCAUUCCGCCUCAAGAAUUUAAAAGAAAUAUUUCCAGUCCUUCAGAUCCUUUGAUUAUUGCCUACAAAAAUUACAUUACAAAAGCGUCUGCACUAAUGUACAAACAAGGAUCUUCAGAAGAAAUUGAUGAAAUCAUUGAAUUUGAACGAAAAAUAUCAGAAAUACAUUUACUCAAUCCUACAAGAAAUCAAUCAACAGAAACAACUUUAGAAAAAUUGAAUAAAAAAUUUCCAUUAGUAAAUUGGCAUAAAUUGAUUGACAAUGUUAUCUUAAGUAGCCUCAAAACUUCACUAAAAAUUUCAGAAAUAACUUUGAUGGAACCUUCUGCACUCUCGACUUUUAUUGAACUCCUAGAAAAAACUCCAAAACGUGUCCAAAAAAAUUACGCCUUGUGGAAAAUAAUUCAAAGUGGAAUUUCUUAUUUGACGGAAGAAUGUCGUGAGCUAAAACGCAAAUAUUGUCUGACCCAGAACUGCAAGAACACGACGCGUGCGCUCUCUUGCGUUGGCGUCAUCAAAAGAUAUCUAGGGCCCGCUGUUAAUUUAUUGUACGCUAAAAAUUACUACAGCAGUGACAUCGACAAGAUUAUUACAGAUAUGAUAGUGAAUAUAAAAAGUGGAUUGAUAGAGGCUAUUUUGAAUACAGUUAUACGAAUAAAUGAGCUGAGAAAUAGGCAGAUUGAGACAAUUUUGAAUACCCAAUUCGUAAUUGGCUAUGCGGAAAAAAAUAAAAGUGACCUAGACUUCGUUCAAUAUUAUGAAAAUCUCGAAAUCGACACGAGUAAUUAUUUCCAGACGUUGUUAAAUUUAGAACUGUUUGACAUCGAAAGUAAAUUUGACAAUGUUACAAGUUUGGGCGCUAAAAAUUUGAUUGAUCCAGUAGAAACUUUACAUCCUGUCAAUACUUUAGGAAGAAUUGAUAUACCAAUGGCAAUGCUACAAAAUCUCGUUUUUGGCAUUAAUUAUCCAAUGUACAUGAAUUACGCUUACGUUGAUUCUGCAAUUAUAAAAGAAUUAGCUGAAAAUAUUAUGAAUUUAAGUAUGAGAAGAAGCAAAAUGACUAAUGAAAAUAUUUACAGUAAAAAAAUUUUGAGUCUAGUUAACAAAACUGACAACUCGAAUCAGAAUAAUAGUAGAAAAAAAAUUGAUGAUGAGGUGAAACCUUUAAGUCAAUGGUCACAUAGCAACCACACUUAUGAAGAAAUACGAGAUCACGUGCUGUCAUAUCCUAGACAAUCAGCAUUAUCCAAAAUUUUAGUUUACAAAAUUUCUUAUCUGGCUUACCAACAAUGGGUUGCUAAAAAUGGAAUCAAAAAUACGCAGUCAGAAUUGUCCUAUACAAAUAAUCAAUUGUUUUGGAUUCAUACAUUACAAAAUGCAUGCGAAGAUCCUUCACACGAGUUGAAAUUUAUUUAUGAUAAAUAUACGGUUUCGGAAAUUUAUUUGAUGAAAAUUCUAACGGAAUUUCUAAAAUUUAUUGAUGAUUUCGAAUGUCCGAUUGAUUCUUAUCCCAAUCAAAUUCUUAAGUAUUAUAAUUUCCUUUCUAUAAGCUUUAUUCAUUUCUACCGCCGAGCGUCAUCAUAGAAGUGAAAAUCUCGCAAUGAGGAUUAGUAUCACAAUUUUAAGAAAAUUUCUAAUGUUUGAGUUAUCGGCAGAUUAGAUUGGACUUACGUUAAAUUCAAAGUAACCUGAAUAUUUUGUCUUGGGAUAUAGUGUCAUAAAAAGCUAAAUUAUCAAAAAAAUUUUCCGAGAACGAUAGCAAUGACUCACGUUUAAAAAAUAAAAUUUUAUUUUUUCU